AUUUGUCUUUUUCUCCCAUAUCUCCCCAAUUUCAUUUUUUUGGUCUUCCGUUGAAUUCGAUGGUAAUUUAGGGCUAUAAUAAUGAUCCGAUUUACUCGUUUUCUGGUUAUGCUUCUUUGAAAUUCGAGCAAUUCAAUCUUCUUCAUCCAUUAUUUCGAUCACUGUAAUUUGAGAUUUUGUUGUGUGGAGGUGAAUCGAGGUUUGUUUUUUGGGAAUUAGGGAUUUUGGUGGCGGUGGCGGUGGGAAAUCGAAGGGCAUCGCUUCCUUACGAUGCAUUCGGUGUCGCCUUUUCUAUUGGAUCUGUUGACUUUACCUCAAGCUGCUUCUUUCUAUGGCGUUUUGUGUUCUCAUCGUUUGAAGCCUUGGCGUAAUAGUUUUAGUUAACGUUUAAUUUAUCUUCGUCUGUUUAUUUUUUGUUCUGCGUUGCUGUUUCAGUUGCUAUCUGCUGGUUUUCUGUUUGUUUCGAGGGAUUUUUCAGCUAUAUCAGAUCUUUUUCCGAGUAGUUGUAGCCGAAUCUGGUGGAAAUUUGCGUGAUUUUGCUUUAUAUCGACAUACUGAAAGAUCUUUGCUGCUCUCUUUAAUUGAUGGCCGUUUGUUCUGCGAAUUACAAGUUCGACUCUGAAAGUAUAAGUUGCUUUUGUGAGUCAUCAAAGGAGACUCUUGGUUGUGCUUCUGGCAUUCCAGGAGGUCCUUUUGCUAGUGAUCUUGCGCACCGUUUUACUGAAUCUCUGAAUAUUAAGGAUGGUGAAGACUUGAUUUACAAGGAAGAUUCCAACACAUUGGAGGAAGAUGGAAGUGAAGAAGAUUUGGAUGCAAAUGACACUGACACUGGCAGUACAGACUCAAAAAAAUGCUUGAUCAAGUCCUCAGAAUUUCCAUGCUCUGCUUUGAGCACUCCCCCUGCUGAGUUGGUUCAUGGGAAGGAGGAGCAGGAGGCUGAUGCUAAAUCAACUGACUUGCCUUAUUCACGUUCCAUAUCUUCACCUACAGCUUUGACGCUUGUAUCUGCCAUUAAAGGUAGCCGUGAGAAACAAGGCAAAGCACCCAAGAAGCUGUCUGUGAAAUGGGCUCCCGAUGUGUAUGACCCUAUCCCGACAGCAGUUUCACAUGUGCCAAACAAGGUACAACGCCACAGGAGUGACCACAGGAAGAAUGGAAAGAACAAGCAGAAAAGUAAUGGCAAAUCUUCACGUGGGAGCAAAGGUAAAGACAAGAAACAAGGUCGCAAACAUGGUGGAAGUACCCGGAGGAGUUAUUAUCCUCUAGAGGAUAACGACAUAAUGACUUGUUCUAGCUUUCACUCUCUGGAGGAUAACAUUACUGCUCAUUCUAGUGGGCUGCAGGCUGGUGCCAUGGAUUAUGAUAUCGGCAGCCCCCCGGAUUCAUUCUGUGGUAGCAGUUUCCUAAAGAAAUCUGUCACAAAGUUGCAUUUCCCAGUUGCAAAGGCUUCAUGAGCUUCCUUUCUGAUCCGUUGGUGUGUGUUCUUCUCGAUUGUUUCCUGUAGUUCUGUAAAUAAAUAAGUUUGACGCUUAACUGAGUUGUGUGAGUUGUUGGCAUUUUUGUACUUAAAAACCUUAUAAACUUUUGACCUGUUGAAUGGACGGAUUACUUUUUGCUUAGCUAUGUUUGUAGUUUG